GGAAAUGAAUAAAAGCGAGUUGGAGUGGGACGUCACAGUGGGCAUUUUUCAUUACAGACAGCUCAUUAAUGGGAACACACUGACUCCUUCAAUAUCAAAUCCCAGAGGUGAAUCUCGCAAUCAUCUCAGCAGGUUAGAUAGAUCUCACUUCCCCGGAAAUAUGUCACGCCGAUCCGGAGCUUGCCUGCGGUGUUGCUUGGUGGUUUUCGCGGUGGCUUCUGCUUUGGCCGUGUGUGGCCCUGCUCUGUACUGGAGAUUCAAGAACACUAUCAACCUUCGCAAUUCCAAACUCUCUUGCCCUCCUUGCGUUUGUGACUGCCCUCCUCCCUUGUCCCUCCUCCAGAUUGCUCCUGGGCUGGCCAAUCUCUCAGUCUCAGACUGUGGCAGUAAUGAUCCGGAUCUCAAGCAGGAGAUGGAGAAGCAGUUUGUGGACCUUCUCACAGAGGAGCUGAAGUUGCAAGAGGCUGUUGCUGGAGAGCACGCCCGGCAUAUGAACAUUACUUUGGCUGAAGCAAAACGAGUGGCGUCCCAGUACCAGAGGGAAGCAGACAAAUGUAUUGCUGCAACUGAGACAUGUGAACAGGCAAGAGAGCGGGCCGAGGCCAUGCUCACCCGGGAGAGAAAGAUGACUCUGAUGUGGGAACGACGAGCACGUCAAGUGGGCUGGGAAGGAGAAUAAAUGUAUGAUUUCAGGUUAUAUUAUACUAAUUAUUCUUAUUAUUUUUAUACAAGCAUGCAAGCAAAUAUCUUGAGUCUUUAACAGAUUUAGGUUAAAAAAAAAUUUGCCCUUAUUCUGUUUUUGUAAUUUUGCUGUCUUAUUCUACCUUGUAUCAAUCAAUUUUCAUUACACUUGUAGCAAUGCACAAACAGCAAUAUUUACCUUAUUGCGAUCUCCAACUAUGAUGUGGUCAGUGCAUCUAAUCUGGUAAAGGACUUGAUUUUAUUUAUAGGUU